UGUCGCAUCCCAGCGGGCAAAGAGCUGGACCUCCGUGUCAGGGCUAAUGAGUCCUCAAGGUCGCGGAAAUAUGAAAAGUACGACAAUUAUAAUAAUGUCAAAAAUUAUAAGUUGAAAAUUUGUGAAAGUCAUUGGGCUGCUUCCCUGUUGUUCGAGAAAGCAUAUCGAUAUAAACUUUUACUACUGUCGAGGUCAUAGUAUCUUGGACUAACAUAAGAGUUAAAAUAACAUUCAUUCGCUAUCAACGUCUGUCAGCGAGCUUACUCAAUAUGUACACCACAAAGAUGUCGAGGACAAUUAGAAUAUUCGUCGCCUUAGUUUGUAUUUUAACUGUUUCACUGUGUCUUUAUCUUGUGAUAACGUUUGAACUGGAUGAUGUUGAUGAGACAGACAUUGGAAGACCCCACGUUAUUACCAUAAUUGCAGAUGAUAUGGGAUGGAAUGACGUUAGUUAUCACGGCUCGAACGAAAUUCCGACGCCGAAUAUUGAUGCUCUGGCUUACAAUGGGGUGAUUCUACAUAAUCAUUAUGUAUUGCCGAUAUGUACACCUUCGAGGACUGCGUUCUUCACAGGACGUUAUCCCAUCAGGGCAGGCAUGCAAGGCUUUCCCUUGCGGGCAGGGGAGCCCCGUGGUAUUCCACUAGGCACAAAAUUACUUCCUGAGUAUCUGAGAAACCUUGGCUACUCGACAAGGCUCGUCGGUAAAUGGCAUCUAGGCUAUCAGAGUGAUGACUUCACACCGGCGAGACGAGGAUUCGACACGUUUUUUGGAUAUUACAGUGGUUACAUCACAUACUACAGUCACACAAUAACCCAGAGCGGGCAGACUGGCUACGACAUACACCGUGAUAAUAAAACUGAACUAAAACCAGACUGGACUGGCCAGAAUGAAUACGUUACCGAUGUUUUUACGGACGAAGCUGUGAGAAUCAUUGAGGAACAUGAUACCCGACGUCCUCUCUAUCUGCAGCUCUCUCAUCUUGCACCGCACGCCAGUGACGCCGCUGAAACAUUGGAAACGAGGAAUUUUACUGUGGUUAAUGAAACUUUUCAUUAUAUUGAAGAUAUACAACGACGGAAGUAUGCAGGUAUGAUGACUGCACUGGACGAGUCGGUUGGACGUGUGAUGAAAGCCCUGAGCCAUAAAAAUUUGUUGCAAAACUCCAUCGUCAUCUUCCUCGCUGACAACGGCGCCCCGACCUUCGGCCUCCAUGAGAAUAGAGGGUCCAAUUAUCCUUUUCGUGGGCAAAAGUUGUCGUUUUAUGAAGGCGGCGUUCGUGGUGCGGCGUGUGUGUACUCACCACGAAUAAAAAAACAAGGGAGAAUUGUUAACGACCUUGUUCAUAUCACCGAUUGGCUUCCAACGCUGUACAGUGCAGCUGGCGGUAAUGUCAAUGACCUCGGCAUCAUCGAUGGUAUCAAUCAGUGGUCUACAAUCAAACGGGGACAAUCGGGUAAUAGAAAAUCAUUGCUCGUCAAUAUCGAUGAGACUGUCAAUCGAGAGGCUGCUAUCCUUGGGCAAUACAAACUUCUUAAAAAGGGAGCAAUGCCUUUGUACGAUGGGCAUUCUGGUAAUAAUGUUGACGACGGGGACCCCGCGGCCCCUCCAUACGACUUGGAAAAAAUCGCGUCAUCGGCAACCAGCCGAGCCAUCUUCAGGACGACAGGGACCCUCACGAGGUCCCGGAAAAUGCUCGAUCUCCGUGCCCGGAGUAAAAUCAUCUGCAAGCCUUUUACCGAUAUUGCCAAUUGCUCCGAAACGUGUUUAUUCAAUCUCAGUAGUGACCCCUGCGAGACAACCGACAUAUCCAGCGAUCAUCCCGAGGUGAUAGAAGCACUGGAGGACAUAAUCGAGAGCUACCGAAGUGUUCUCAUGAAUCAGACAAACGCCGCCGUCGAUUCAAGAUCAUUUCCAAUGUAUCACAACGACACUUGGAUGCCCUGGCUGCCACCCCAUCAGACAGCCCACCCUGAAUUCGAUACGUUCAGUGGAAUUAAUGAGAGAUUAUUCCACUACUAAGACCUUCCAGUAUUAAAAUAAAAAUUCAUGAAUCAUGUAUAA